AUGAGUUCACGUUCAGACCCCAUAAGAAGAAGUACACGUAAUAGGACCCUAACUGUACCAGCUCAGGAGGAGUACGAAGUACGGGUCAACACAUUUCAACUCAAGCUUAGUAACAUUAAGAACGAGUGGAGAGAAUGUUUUGAGGAGAUUGAAAUCAGCAGGGAUGCUAAAACUCUUAAGUCAAUUGAUGAGCUCCUCAAGAAAGGUUUUGAGGCAUAUGAGAAAGAGUCAAACCUUUUCUGUGAUUUCUUAAGAACUAACCGUUCAGAAGAAAGUGCAAAUGAACUUGCAUCACAUUUGUUAAUCAAAGAGACUUUACUAGCAAAAGUGAAUGUUGCAAGAAGCAGGAUUGAGCGGCUGAUAAAUCAAUCAGGGACUCCUAAGGAAGAGGACCGCAUGUCACAAAGAUCAUUUAGAGCACUGACACAACGGACGCUUUCUUCGAGUAAGGCUUCGAACCGCUCAAUAGAGUCCAUUCUUCGACAAAAGGAGGCAAAACUUGAAGCUCAUCGCACCAUGAUGAAACACCUAGAUGAGGAAUUAGCACUUGAAGCUCAACUGAAACGCUUUGAGGCGCAACGAGAAAUGAAGAUGGUGGAAAGUGAACUCAAUGUUCUUAAAGAUAAGCCACGCUUACAGGAGCUUGCGCCAAGUCUGUCUAGCAAGUCGAAGACUGAAGAAUAUUUAGAACUUCUCCCAAGGUAUGAAGAGGAACGCAAGAAGCAUGAAGAUGCAGGACAGGCCUCUGAGGCAAACGGUCCAAGAAUUCAUAAUAGACAGAAAGAGGAUGUAGUAGUGUCAACACCAACACAGUCCUAUUCUUCCCCUCACACUGGUAACGUCACAGAAGAGACACCAAUGUUACACACAUUGAGACCUUUAGACAUCACACCCAAGACUCAGCUGAACCCUGAGGUGCAACCCUUCAUACCAAGAGAGAAUGGAAUAUCUCAGCAUUUUCAAAUGAUUGACGUGUUUACUAAACACCUAGUUAAAAGGGAUCUUAUAUUGUCAAGACUGUCAAAAUUUGAUGAUGACCCAAUGAUGUACAUUUCAUGGAAAACAGGAUUCCAAGGCAUUAUGGAAGAACUUGGGGCUACAGACACAGAAAGGCUGGAGCUAUUGUGUGAAAAACUUGGACCGGAAUCUUCUAGGCAAGCAAAGACGAUUAGAGCCUGCAACGCUAACAAUCCAAGUAUAGCAAUCAAGAAGAUCUGGGAAAGACUGGAAAGACGCUUCGGAGCAGCAGAACAGAUUGAAAACUACAUUCUUAAGAAAAUAAAGGAAUUUUCGUCGCUUUCAUCAGAUCGCUUUCAUCUACUAUACGACUUAGCAGAUCUAGCAUCUGAAAUUGCAUCUUUAAAGACGCAACCUCAGUUUGGUGUGUCGUUCAGCUACUUCGACUCCAAGAAAGGAGUGAAUGAACUUGUUGAAAAACUUCCAUGGAACCUGAAGGACAAGUGGACUUCAGAGGCAACAAAGUAUAAGAAAACUGCAGGAGUGACGUAUCCACCUUUUUCAGUUUUCCUCAAGUUUCUGGGAAAUAUGGCAGAAAUGAAGAAUGACCCCGCAUUUCAGUUUGAGAAGAAAGGGGCAAAGAAACAGUUAACAUUCCAAACACAGCAGCCUAGACAAGCUGCUGGUAUGUUUUCAGUGACCAAGACUUUCCCAUUAACCAAAGUAGCAGCUAGAAAGACAGAGGCUGUUGCUACAUUGAAUGUACCAGACAUGUGUCCAUUACAUAAGAACAGUUCACAUUCCUUGAAUGACUGUGUGCCUUUUCGCCAAAAGCCUAUUGGAGAACGUAAGAAAAUCAUCUUAACAAAUGGAAUAUGCUUCAAGUGUUGCAGUGGCAAGAAGCAUAGGGCCAAGAACUGUAAGGCAGAUGUUAAGUGCAGUGUGUGCCAAAUAUCGUCACAUCCCUCAGCUCUUCAUGAAGAAUCAACAGAGGCACAAGAUUCUGGACGAUAUGCUGGGAAGAACAAAGAGGGGAACCUUUAUGAAGGGGAGAACAUACCCACUGUUUCUUCCGCCUGCACAAAGGUGCAUGGAACGAGUAAAUCUUGUGCAAAGAUAGUACCUGUUCGAGUUAGCACAACUGCUAAUCCACAGAAGUCGAUGCUGGUUUAUGCGAUUAUUGAUGACCAGAGUAACCGGUCACUGGCCACUUCGUCAGUAUUCAACUACUUGCAAGAUGUUGGCGUUGAUGUCCCUUACACACUUGUGUCCUGCACUGGAACAGUUUCGGCAACUGGAAGAUUUGGUACUGGGUACACAGUUGAGUCCCUAGAUGGUACUUGUCAGCUGAAGUUUGCAGAAUUAAUAGAGUGUAAUGACCUACCCAGCAAUAGAGAUGAAAUUCCUUCUCGUGAGGUUGCUUUGCAGUACUCGCACUUAAAUUGCAUUACAUCCGAAGUUCCCCCACUUAUUGAAACAGCAAACAUAGAACUUUUAAUAGGGAGAGACCUCACAAGUGCCCACAUAGUUCAUGAACAGAUAGUUGGGGAGGAAGAUGAACCAUUUGCACAAAGACUUGCCUUAGGAUGGGUCAUUGGAGGCCAAGUUUGUCUUGGUGGAGCCCACCUGCCGGAAGUCAGAACCUUCAAAACAUUUGCAUUGAGGAAUGGCAGACCCUCAACCUUUGAACCAUGUAACAGUGAGUUGUUGGUUAACGAUAGCCUGUUCCAAAAGACCGAACACGACGAAAAGAUAGUACUCUCGAUAGAAGACAGAAAAUUUCUGAAGUUGAUGAACACAUCAUUCGAGAGGGAUGACAGUGGGCAUUGGGUGCCCCCCCUUCCUUUUAAGCAGAACCGCCUACGUCUACCUGACAACAAAGCACAGGCACUGCAGCGUGCAAGAUCGUUUGACAAGAAUUUACAACACAACCCUGAAAAAUUCGAGCAUGUCAAGGAGUUCAUGUCGAAGCUGUUUGAUAGGGGCCAUGCAGAGAAAGCACCUGUGCUCGGGGACGAUAUAGAGCGAUGGUAUUUGCCAAUGUUUGGCAUCUAUCAUCCCAAGAAACCAGGGUCUAUAAGGGUGGUUUUCGACUCGUCAGCACGUUACGAAGGGGUCUCCUUGAAUGAUUCACUGAUGAAAGGACCAGACCUGUCGAAAAGUUUGCAAGGUGUACUGACGAGAUUUCGAUUGGAUCAAUAUGCAGUGAUGGCAGACGUAGAGCAGAUGUUCCAUAAUUUCCGUGUGAGGGAAGACCACCGUGACUACCUUCGUUUCUUGUGGCAUCCUAACCAUGACUUAAAGGCUCCAUUAGAGGAAUUUAGGAUGACAGUCCAUGUAUUCGGGAACAGUCCCAGCCCAUCCGUUGCAACAUUUGGGUUGAGACAGUCUGUUUCAACUUCAGACUUGGACAUUCAACACUUUGUGUCUCGUAACUUUUACGUGGAUGAUGGACUUAUGAGCUUUAGUAGUGUAUCUCAGGCGGUGGACCUGAUCAAGCGUACACAACAUGCUCUCUAUGAUGGAGGUCGUUUACGUCUACACAAAAUUGCAUCAAACGCGGUUGAGAUUCUACAACACUUCAAAUCAACAGAUCUCAGCAAAGAUCUCAUGGGACUUAAUAUUACGCAGGAUGACUUGCCAGAGCAGAGGAGCCUGGGAAUUGCAUGGAACAUUGAAGAUGACACAUUUAUCUUCAGAGUAAAUAAGGAUCCAAAGCCUUUCACACGACGUGGCGUCUUGUCAGUCAUAAAUAGUCUCUUCGACCCCAUCGGAUUUACAGCCCCUGUGACUGUGGUUGGGAAAGUGCUUUUAAGGGAUGCGAUGACCACGAAGUGUGACUGGGACGACAUACUCCCAAACAGUUUUCAGAUCGAAUGGGAAAGAUGGGUAGACUCACUUCAUGCCUUGGAAAGGAUUCAUAUACCCCGUAUGUAUUGCCCACUGUCUGUAGGGGAAGCAUCACACUUGGAAGUUCACAUUUUUUCUGAUGCGUCUAAAGAGGCAGUGGCUGCAGUGGCGUAUUUGAAAGUGUUCCACGAAGAACGAACUGAGUUAGGAUUUCUUAUUGGCAAGGCCAAAGUUGCCCCCACGCAUGGACAUACAAUCCCAAGGCUCGAACUAUGUGCUUCAGUUUUGGCCGUUGAGAUGGCAGAAACUAUCAGAGAACAACUGCAGGUUUCCAAAGACACCUUUAGGUUCUAUACCGAUAGCCAAGUUGUUUUAGGAUACAUCUCCAAUGAUGCUAAAAGGUUUCAUGUUUAUGUGUCUAACAGGGUGAGCAGAAUUCGGUCAUUCUGUGGACCAGAAUACUGGAGAUAUGUCAUGUCUGAACAGAACCCAGCCGAUGUUGCAACUCGGGGUUGCAGCACGCGAGAGCUUCCUCUAAGCAGUUGGCUUUUAGGACCUGACUUCUUGAGAGACGGCAAACAACUUGCAGAUCAACCUCCAACCUAUAACCUUGUUGAUCCGGACAUGGACAAGGAAGUUCGUAAGCAGGUAACUUGUUCAAAGACCACCGUUAUAUCUCAGGAAUCAGAUUCUUCUCAGUCCAGAAAUAUAUCUACAUGGUGUGAACGGUUUGAAAGAUUUUCGACAUGGACAAGUUUAGUUCGUGCUAUUGCCUGCCUUAAAGGAUUUUUGGGUAGAACUCGUUCUGAGAGACCAAAUGCAGUGGCUCUAAAAGAAGAUGCUGAACUUUUUAUUAUCAAGCAGGCUCAAAAUGACAGAUAUUUGUCUGAGAUUCUUGCAAUCAAAGGAGGAAAGCACCCGCCACUGAACAGCUCUUUGAUUUCCCUUAAUCCAGUAUUGGAUCAAAAUGGCCUCCUGCGUGUGGGCGGCCGAGUCAAACAUAUGAAGGUAUCUGACCUACUUACUCAGCCUAUCAUUAUCCCUAAGGGCCACCACCUCGCUACAUUGUUAGUACGUCACUACCAUGCAAAAGUUCAUCACCAGGGUAGACAUAUGACGGAGGGAGCUAUCAGAGGUGCGGGUUUCUGGAUCGUUGGAUUCCGCCGGCUCGUGAACUCUCUGAUUAGGACAUGUGUUAUGUGCAAGAAACUGCGUGGGAGUCUAGGAUGGACAAAAAUGGCUGACCUACCACUAGAAAGAAUUGAGCCUGGACCUCCAUUUAGUUUUGUGGGGGUAGACACAUUUGGGCCUUGGCCAGUUGUUAUAAAGAAAACUACCAGAGGUGUCAAGACUACAUCCAAGUAUUGGGCCAUUCUUUUUACCUGUCUUGUGUCAAGGGCAAUACACAUAGAGUUGGUUGGAGACAUGAGUAGUGGAACCUUCAUCAAUGCCCUGAGACGAUUUAUGGCAAUCCGUGGCCCUGUGCGCCAAUUUCGUUCAGAUAGGGGUACAAACUUCAUUGGGGCAAUGAAGGAGUUGGGGAUAAGUGCAUCAUUUGAUGAGAGUGGAACAGUUCACGACUACCUCACAAAGUGUGGAUCUAUCUGGAUCUUCAAUCCACCAUAUGCACAUCAUUUUGGAGGUGCCUGGGAACGCCUGAUAGGUUCCUGCCGCCGUAUAUUAGACGCAUUGCUGUUGGAGAACAGAUCAAAGGACUUAAACUUUGACGUUCUGAGUACUUUCAUGAGCGAAGUGAGCGCCAUCAUGAAUGCUCGCCCAUUGUUACCUAUUUCUAGUGAUCCGGAAGCUCCAUCUAUUCUUUCUCCAUCCAUGAUCCUUACACAGAAAGGACACAACUUCACCACACCCAUGAAUGUUACAGGAUUUGUACCAAAAGAUGCUAUGAGAAGUCAGUGGAAAUUGGUUCAAAAACUCGCAGAUGACUUCUGGCAUAGAUGGCAGCUUGAAUACAUCCACUGUCUGCAAACUCGCAGAAAAUGGCAGUUGCCAGGGGCAACCUUCAAGGUUGGUGAUGUGGUUCUAGUCAAGGACGACAGCUCUCAUCGGAACGCUUGGCCUGUUGGUAUCAUCGAGGAAGUAUUCCCAAGCAAGGAUGAUGUCAUUCGCAAGAUCAAGGUCGCCAUCGUCCGUGAUGACACGCGUUCCACAUAUGUAAGACCAAUUACUGAACUGAUCCAUUUACUUGAUUGCGAGUGA